AGGGCGUUUGAAAGCCUGCCAUUGGUGAGCUUACCAAAGGCAUCUGCCAGUGGGACUUCCAUGGAAUGUGAAACCAAAUCAUUUUCAAGUUAAAGAUAGACACAGUAUACACCAGGAUCUAGAAGCUGGAUUUUAAACUCCUAUCGCUCCCUAGAAUUUCAGAGUUCUGUUAUGAUCUCUGUAGUCAUUAACAAUUUGGCCAAAGUUGGUUUUUCAAGUGACUGUGCUAAGAAUUCGUGUAUGGUCUGGAUGUCCUGGAAUGAAAAGGAUUCAGGAGCUUCUGGUGUACUUACUCUAGGGUAAGUGAAGAGAUUGGCUUUAAAGCGCAUCGCUUCUCUGGGAAGAUAAAUAAGAUUUACCAGUUCCUGGAUGAAGUGCUGGGGAAGUCUUUAGAUGCCAUAGUCAACUGCCAUUUCAAAGAAGAGAAAAUAGAUGGUUUUGGAAAGUUCAUGCUGUUUCUUCAUUGAAUUUUAGAAUGAUUGAAGAUAGUGGGAAAAGAGGAAAUACCAUGGCAGAAAGAAGACAGCUGUUUGCAGAGAUGAGGGCUCAAGAUCUGGAUCGUAUCCGACUCUCCACCUACAGAACAGCAUGCAAGCUUAGGUUUGUUCAGAAGAAAUGCAACUUGCACCUGGUGGACAUUUGGAACGUCAUAGAAGCAUUGCGGGAAAAUGCUCUGAACAACCUGGACCCGAACAUAGAACUCAGUGUGGCCCGCUUGGAGGCUGUGCUAUCCACCAUUUUCUACCAGCUCAACAAACGAAUGCCAACCACUCACCAAAUCCAGGUGGAACAGUCCAUCAGCCUCCUGCUUAACUUCCUGCUGGCAGCCUUUGAUCCGGAAGGCCAUGGUAAAAUUUCAGUAUUUGCUGUCAAAAUGGCUUUAGCCACGUUGUGUGGAGGGAAGAUCAUGGACAAAUUAAGAUAUAUUUUCUCCAUGAUUUCUGACUCCAGUGGGGUGAUGGUUUAUGGACGAUAUGAUCAGUUCCUACGGGAAGUUCUCAAAUUACCUACAGCCGUUUUUGAAGGUCCUUCAUUUGGUUACACAGAACAGUCAGCGAGAUCCUGUUUCUCUCAACAGAAAAAAGUCACCUUAAAUGGUUUCUUGGACACACUCAUGUCCGACCCUCCCCCCCAGUGUCUGGUCUGGCUGCCCCUUCUGCAUCGACUGGCGAAUGUGGAAAAUGUCUUCCAUCCGGUUGAAUGUUCCUACUGCCACAGUGAGAGUAUGAUGGGAUUCCGCUACCGCUGCCAGCAGUGUCACAAUUACCAGCUCUGUCAGGACUGCUUCUGGAGGGGACAUGCCGGCGGUUCCCAUAGCAACCAGCACCAAAUGAAAGAGUACACAUCAUGGAAAUCCCCUGCUAAGAAGCUAACUAAUGCAUUAAGCAAGUCUCUGAGCUGUGCCUCCAGCCGUGAACCCUUGCACCCCAUGUUCCCUGACCAGCCUGAGAAGCCACUCAACUUGGCCCACAUUGUGCCACCCAGACCUGUAACCAGCAUGAAUGACACCCUCUUCUCCCACUCUGUCCCCUCCUCAGGAAGUCCUUUUAUUACCAGGAGCUCUCCCCCCAAGGACAGUGAAGUGGAGCAGAACAAACUGCUGGCUAGGGCUGCUCCGGCUUUUCUGAAGGGCAGAGGGAUACAGUACAGCCUGAAUGUGGCAGACAGGCUAGCUGACGAACAUGUUCUCAUCGGGUUGUAUGUCAACAGGCUCCAGAACAACCCAUCAUGUAUGCUUGAGAGUUCAAACCGGCUUGAUGAAGAACACAGGCUGAUCGCCAGGUACGCGGCAAGACUGGCAGCAGAGUCCACUUCGUCUCAACCGACUCAGCAGCGGAGUGCGCCUGACAUCUCCUUCACCAUUGAUGCAAACAAGCAGCAGAGGCAACUGAUCGCAGAGCUCGAAAACAAGAAUAGAGAAAUCUUACAGGAGAUCCAGCGGCUGCGGCUAGAGCAUGAACAAGCUUCUCAGCCCACUCCAGAGAAGGCCCAGCAGAACCCCACUCUGCUGGCGGAACUCCGGCUCCUCAGACAGCGCAAGGAUGAGCUGGAACAGAGAAUGUCUGCUCUCCAGGAGAGCCGGAGAGAGCUAAUGGUCCAGUUAGAAGGUCUCAUGAAGCUACUAAAGACGCAGGGGGCAGGUUCUCCUCGCUCUUCCCCCAGCCACACCAUCAGCAGGCCCAUCCCCAUGCCGGUGCGGUCCGCCUCUGUCUGCUCCAGCCCGUCGCACACACCUCAGGACUCCCUCACGGGGGUUGGGGGAGACGUCCAGGAGGCGUUUGCACAAAGUUCAAGAAGAAACUUAAGGAAUGACUUACUAGUAGCAGCGGAUUCCAUCACUAACACCAUGUCCUCUCUCGUGAAAGAGCUGAAUUCCGAGGUGGGGAGUGAAACAGAGAGUAACGUGGAUUCUGAAUUCACACGGACUCAGUUUGAGGAUCUGGUCCCAUCGCCAACCUCUGAAAAGGCUUUUCUAGCACAAAUCCACGCCCGAAAACCUGGGUACCUCCACGGCAGUGCCACCCCCAGCACCAUGCACAGUGACGUGGUCUCAGAAGAUGGGGACCCCUACGUGCGGCCAGAGGAUGAGAACUAUGAAAAUGACUCGGUCCGACAGCUAGAGAACGAGCUCAAGAUGGAAGAGUACCUGAAACAGAAGCUGCAGGAUGAAGCCUACCAGGCAAGCUAUAGUCAGACAGAUGAUGAAGGUAACACGAAAGCUGGUGAUGGAGAGCCCCGCACCCACCCCCACAGAGGAGAAGACACGGCCCGGCAGCAGCCUCCGCGCAGAGAGGAGCCCCCCCGCGCAGCAGCUCCUGGCACACCCCACCCCUAGAGACACGUUCUGCCAACUCUAGAGCAGCUAACUUUGCGUUCUAAGAUUUGUAGUUCAUAGGUGUGUGUUUUGAGAAGGAAAAAAAAAGGACUUCUGACUUCUGUUCAAAGCUAAUUUUUCGGCUACAUCUUCUGUAACAUGGCUCAUCCCUGAUUAGAAACAGAAAAACAAGGACCACCACACACACACAGAGAGAAAGGAAAACCCAAGGCUGAAAACCCACACUGCUGUUACUCACGAUGGCAGUAUUAACAAGCAUUGUAAGCCUUUGCACACGAUAUGAACCUGUUCAGUUUACAAUGACAAUAUUAAUACUGUUUAUAGCUAGGCAUCUGAUUUCUGAAUUCUCUGAGAUUUUAGGGAACCAGUUUAUUAUACACUGUACGUUUUUUUUUCCACAGCAAUUGGAAAAAAACAACCACUUGCAAUUAUUCACUAACCCCGAAGGAUUCGGUACCUGAGUGUACAGACUCAGAGCCCGGAAGCCAGGAGGGUCCUUGGCCUGUGCUGUCUGCAUUGGUCUCUAAGUCUCUGUGAGCAGUGACUUGAACCCAUCACACCAGGAUAAUCCAGUCUUUGGAGCUACUUUCCAACUUGGGGUUGUUUUCUUUCAAGAUACUCUAACAAAUCAGCCAUAGAAUUUAGUGUAAAUAUUUUUUCCAGAUAGAUAUCAUAUUCAAAAAGAAAAAAAGGCAACGUUCAAAUGAUAUAGAAUCUAGUUUUGAAAAUCAGCACAGAUCUUCUUAAAAACUGUGAACUAUGUUUUGAAAUACUCGUUGCUAAAGCUGUUUAUAAACCACAGGUGCCAUAAGAUCCCCAAACGGACUCAAGUGAUCUCUGCUCUUCCAGGGGCGUGUCCCUCUCGUUUUAGCCUUAGGGAGCAUGUCUAAUCACACCGCUCGCCCACAGCUUCCCCGUCAGGUUGUCUGGAGGCCUUCAGCUUUAAAUGUACAGGCUUCAAGUGUGCUUGCAAACGCUCACUCUCCUUUUAUUUCUGAAUGUUUAUUGCCUUAGCUGGCUACCUGGUGUUCUGCAUGCAGCCUUCUGUGGUCACGGGAGAGGAAAUGGGCUCUUCUAAGUGGAGUUGGGAUUUUGCACUCAGCGAAAAGCUGAUGUGCAAAAGCAUUGUCGAAGAAGGAAGAAUGAAAGGCUCUGUGGACGGUCCUUUAUGAAGGCCCUUGUCAGGGAGCAUGAAAGACCUCCCUUAGGGAUUCUGGGGAAAUGAAAACAUAAUCUACUUGCUGCAAGAUUUCAUGAAAUAAAAAUCUGGCAACAUAUUGAAUACAUUAUACUUAAAUUGGCAGCUUCUCUGGAAUUCCUGUCUCCUUUAAAAGAGAAGAGAGCAUCAUUUUAGGACAGUGGCUCUCAAAGCCUGUGCCCUGGACCAGCAGUAUCAGCAUCACUUUGGGAAUUUAUCUAGAAAGGCGAAUUCCUAAACCCCGCCCCAGGCCGCUGAAUCAGACAGUCUGGGGAUUGGGCCCAGCCGUCUGUGCUUUAAUAGGCCCUGCAGGUGAUUUCCGAUGCAUGCUGAAGGUUGAGAACCACUGCUUUAGAAUAAAGUUGCAUAUAAAAUCUCUAAAAAGGCCUUAUUCGGAAUAAGCAAGAAAGGCUCUGAGUCAACCUCAAAGCAUCAGCAAUUCGAUUUUGCUUCCGGGGCUGGCAAAAACCUUCUCCCACCCCCACGUAUAGUUGGUGAUUGGUGCGUGCCCAGGUGAGAACAGACAUCCUGACACCUUCCAGGUCUCUCUCCAGAGGGCUCUAAGGUGGUCCCGUCUCUGUGUCUGGUCAGAAACCAUGUCCUUAGCUGCCUUUUGGAACAAAAUAACUUGCCUUGGGGAUAGCAAAGCUCUCAGUUGGCAUUCUAAGAAGCCCAUUCUGUCCGUUGAUGUGCUUCUUCAUACUUCCCCAGAGAACCAGCCUGACAAAUGUCCCUGAGAAUAGGCUGACACCAAAGGCCACAACUGCACAGUUCUCAGAUUUCUUUGCACAGACGGAUUGUAUUAUGAGUUUUGUUGGUUUAUCUUAACGUUCAUCUCCUUUCCACUGCCCAUCGUCUGUGAAACCAUACCUCUCUAGAUGGAGCAGGUGGCCCCUCGUGCCUCAUACUUAGUACUUAAAACCACUCCAUCCCUGCUACCUACAUUGCUGUCAGCUCUAACUCAUAGCCAGGUAGUUCUGGAACUCGGAACUCGAAUCCUGCAAGUGGCAUUCAGCCUCUGACUGGACUGAGCUGACAUCUGUAGUCACUCUGUGUUUCUACAUCAAAACGCUUGUCUAAGGUUUGAACCGUUUUGCUGAUAACCUUCCCCCUUGUCAUAGCUUUCGUUGCCAACCCCAUGACACGGUUGUCGCUAGCAUCGUACAAGCCAUUGCAAGGACUCUGGAAACUGCCACCAAUGACCAGUUCCUGACUAACCAGCCGCCUUUUCUUUCCCUUAGCUCCACGUCAGCACUGAGACCAGACUCAAGCACCCCUGUCCUGUAACCGAGACAAAAUGGCGUGCGUUGUUUUGGGUGUUUGUGGUUUUGGGGGGGUUUCUUUCCCUGGCUCUCCAAAUUUACUUUUGGGACCUGUUCUAACU